CACAAAUUCAAGCCAUACCACAACACACCAUACAUUAAAAACCUUCCCAACACGCUCUUGCCUCAUUCUUGUUCUAAUACCUUCUGUGAGCAUGGCCGAAGAGAAGCAGCACCAAGGCGUCUUCCACCACCACAAGAGCGAGGAGAAACCAGAGACUGCCACAGGUUAUGAUGCUCCACCUCCUCCUGUUUCAGAUGUUGAUUACAGAAAAGAAAAGAAGCAUCACAAGAAUCUUGAGCACGUUGCUGAGCUUGGAACUGCUGGCGCUGGUGCUUUUGCCAUGAAUGAGAAGCACAAGACAAAGAAAGACCCAGAGCAUCCACACAGGCACAAGAUAAAGGAGGAGAUUGCCGCGGCAGCUGCAGUUGGAACCUGUGGACUUGUAUUCCAUGAGCAUCAUGAGAAGAAAGCAACCAAGAAAGAGGAAGAAGAGGCUAAUGGAAAGAAGCACCACCACUUCUAAUUGUUUUAAAUAAUUAAUUAAUCUUGUGUGUUACAGGCCUUAAUCUUGGUUACGUCACUAAUCACUAUAGUUAUAAAUCACCCCUCCUAAAUAAUACCUGUAUGCACGAGAUUUUUGUAUCCCUGCCGAACCGGUGCUAUCUGGCUCUUUCGCUUUUGUACGCAAUAUUAAUUCUUGUUUAUAAAAAUAUCUGAGAUGGUUAGGUGA